UUGUGAUAAGAUCUUUGCAACACGUAAGGCCAACGGACCUUUUUCCUAUUGUGAACUUGACGUUUUAUUAUCGUCUUUGUGUUGUUCGUUGACUUUGAAAUACGGAUACUAAAUUGGAGUAUCGUUCGAUAGUGUGAUAUAAAAAAAAUGAAUGCAGAAUCGAGUUUGGAUGUGGUAUUAACUGAAGUGGGAGAAUUCGGUCUUUAUCAAAUAGUUACUUAUUUUUUAAUUUGCAUUCCAAGUAUUCUAUCAGCAACGUAUGUAGUUAAUUACAUGGUAUCGGCAAACACACUGGAAUAUCGAUGUAAAGUUCCCGAGUGUGAUAUCGGUGAAAAUAAUCGUGAUAUUACUUAUGAUCAAGCAUGGGUGCGAUCUGCCAUUCCAACACUGUCCGAUGGAAAACUCAAAAAUUGUGUUCGCUACGCACCGGUCAGUGAUGGAACGGGGAUAUUUUCCAACAAAUGUAGUGCGGAUAUGUUUAAUACUUCCGUAGAAAUAGAAUGCACUGAAUUCAUUUAUUCGUCUGAUGAACGAAAUAUUCAAACAGAGCUCAACAUUCAUUGUUCUGAUUCUUAUAAAUUGGCGUUGGUUGGCACAGCCAGUAAUCUUGGUCGUUUUAUAUUUUUGCCAGUAAUUGGUCUUUUAUCGGACAAGUACGGACGCUUGGCAGUAGUCAUCAUUGGAAUGGUGUGUGGCAGUUUAUUUGGCAUAAUCAAGUCGUUUGCAACCAGUUAUCUAGUGUACAUAACGCUUGAGUUUCUCGAAGCUUUGGGUACAACGACAUUUUCCGGCAUCUUUUUGUUAGCUGUUGAAUGGGUUAACACAAAAUAUCGCAUUUUCGGAAGUGUAUUAGUUUCGCUUUCAUUUCCAUUGGGUGAAAUGCUUUUAGGAUUUGUUGCUCUUUAUGUUCAUGACUACCGACACAUAAUUCGACUUCUUUACACGCCUGGCCUCCUUAUAGUUGCGUACUAUUGGAUUCUUCCCGAAAGCGUCCGGUGGCUUCUUAUCAACGGUCAAGUUGAGCGUGGCAUUAAAAUUCUGAAGCGAAUUGCACAUGUUAACGGAAAAGAAUUAUCUGAAAAGUCAAUUGAUAUGAUAAAAUCGACAUACUCAACCGAAAUAAAACUGGAACCAACUGAAAACGGAAAAAUUGACAAUAAUUCGCUUGGUCAAUCGCUCAAAUUAAUAAUCAAGUCAAGAAAAUUAUGCCUAAGAUUUUUGAACUGUAGUUUUCAGUGGAUAAACUGCUGCUUUUGUUACUAUGGAAUAAGUUUAAUUGCAACGCAAAUUCCCGGUGAAAAUCGAUACAUUGGAUUUAUAUUUGUGGUUGGCAUUGAAAUUCCUGGACUUUUGAUUGCAAUACCAUUAUUAAAUCGAAUGAAACGUAGACUAUUGGUGUUUGCUGGUCUCAUUGUUACGGCUGUUUCAGUUUUUGCCACUGCUUGUAUACCUGCGGAACACUCAACAGCUAUUCUACUAUUUUUCAUGUUGGGCAAAUGUUCGAUAACACUUGUAUUCAAUUCAGUGUACAUAUAUACAGCUGAACAAUGGCCAACCUGUGUUCGGACUACUUUGAUUAAUUCAUGUUCAAUGAUUGGUCGAAUCGGCAGUAUGAUUGCCCCAGUAAUAGUUAUUGUGGUCGCACAAUAUUGUCCAUCGGCGCUUCUUUUUGGUACUUCAGCUAUUUUGGCAGCUAUUCUCAUUAUUUUCUGUCCAGAAACUUAUUCGAAAAAACUGCCGGACACAGUUGAUGAGGCCAAGGCUUUGAGAGUAUUAUACUCAUAUAGGUAUUUCAAAUGCAAAGCAUCCUUCUUUACUGAACAAUCACCAACCUGUGUUCGGACUACUUUGAUUAAUUCACGUUCAAUGAUUGGUCGAAUCGCCAGUAUGAUUACCCCAGUAAUAGUUGUUGUGGUCGCACAAUAUUGUCCAUCGGCGCUUCUUUUUGGUACUUCAGCUAUUUUAGCAGCAAUUCUCAUUAUUUUCUGUCCAGAAACUUAUUCGAAAAAAUUGCCGGACACAGUUGAUGGGGCCAAGGCUUUGAAUUAA